AAAGCGGGCCCUGCUAGCCCCGCGGCUCGGUGGUCUCGGAGGCUCCGCAGGAUUGGGGAGAAGAUGGCGGAAGAGGAGCCCUGGUCACAUGGUAGUGAAGGAGGCCGACCAGGAGCCGCUCUCAGGGAGCUUCCAUUCUAGUGGAAAAAGAAGACCAUAAAUAGACGAGAUGAUUUCAUUGCUCUGGAGGAAGCGGAAUGGUGUUGGCGUGUGGGAGGCUUCUCGGGAAGAGGUUCCCCAAUACAACUCAUGAAGGUUUCAACGUCACCCUUCACACCACCCUGGUGGUCACUACGAAACUGGUGCGCCCGACCCCUGCCAAGCCCAUCCUCCCGGUGCAGACGGGGGAGCAGGCCCAGCAGGAGGAGCAGUCGAGCGGCAUGACCAUUUUCUUCAGCCUCCUCGUCCUAGCUAUCUGCAUCAUAUUGGUGCAUCUACUGAUCCGAUACAGAUUACAUUUCCUGCCAGAGAGCGUUGCUGUUGUCUCUUUAGGUAUUCUCAUGGGAGCAGUUAUAAAAAUUAUAGAGUUUAAAAAACUGGCAAAUUGGAAGGAGGAAGAAAUGUUUCGUCCAAAUAUGUUUUUCCUCCUUUUGCUUCCACCUAUUAUAUUUGAGUCAGGAUAUUCAUUACACAAGGGUAACUUCUUUCAAAAUAUUGGUUCCAUCACCCUAUUUGCUGUUUUUGGUACGGCAAUUUCCGCUUUUGUAGUAGGUGGAGGAAUUUACUUUCUGGGUCAGGCUGAUGUAAUCUCUAAACUCAACAUGACAGACAGUUUUGCAUUUGGCUCCCUAAUUUCUGCUGUUGAUCCAGUGGCUACUAUUGCUAUUUUCAAUGCACUUCAUGUGGACCCGGUGCUCAACAUGCUGGUUUUUGGAGAGAGCAUCCUCAACGAUGCAGUCUCCAUUGUCCUGACCAACACAGCUGAAGGUUUAACAAGAAAAAAUAUGUCAGAUGUCAGUGGGUGGCAAACAUUUUUACAAGCCCUUGGCUACUUCCUCAAAAUGUUCUUUGGCUCAGCAGCACUCGGCACUCUCACUGGCUUAAUCUCUGCAUUAGUGCUAAAGCAUAUUGACUUGAGGAAAACGCCUUCCUUGGAGUUCGGCAUGAUGAUCAUUUUCGCUUAUCUUCCAUAUGGGCUCGCAGAAGGAAUCUCACUCUCAGGCAUUAUGGCCAUCCUGUUCUCAGGCAUCGUGAUGUCUCACUACACACACCAUAACCUGUCCCCAGUCACCCAGAUCCUCAUGCAGCAAACCCUCCGGACCGUGGCCUUCUUGUGCGAAACAUGUGUGUUUGCAUUUCUUGGCCUGUCCAUUUUUAGUUUCCCUCACAAGUUUGAAAUUUCCUUUGUCAUCUGGUGCAUAGUGCUUGUGCUGUUUGGCAGAGCGGUGAACAUUUUCCCUCUCUCCUACCUCCUGAAUUUCUUCCGUGAUCAUAAAAUCACGCCAAAGAUGAUGUUCAUCAUGUGGUUCAGCGGCCUGCGGGGGGCCAUCCCCUACGCCCUGAGCCUGCACCUGGACCUGGAGCCCAUGGAGAAGCGGCAGCUCAUCGGCACCACCACCAUCAGCAUCGUGCUCUUCACCAUCCUGCUGCUGGGCGGCAGCACCAUGCCCCUCAUCCGCUUUGCGGACAUCGAGGACGCCAGGGCGCGCCGCAGGAACAAGAAGGACGUCAACCUCAGCAAGACCGAGAAGAUGGGCAACACCGUCGAGUCGGAGCACUUGUCGGAGCUCACUGAGGAGGAGUACGAAGCCCACUACAUCAGGCGGCAGGACCUCAAAGGCUUCCUGUGGCUGGACGCCAAGUACCUGAACCCCUUCUUCACGCGGCGGCUGACCCAGGAGGACCUCCACCACGGGCGCAUCCAGAUGAAAACCCUCACCAACAAGUGGUACGAAGAGGUGCGCCAAGGCCCCUCAGGCUCCGAGGACGACGAGCAGGAGCUGCUGUGACCGAGCGGGACGCCGUGGCUCCCGGGCAACCGGGGCCGCAGCAGUGCCAUCCAGCCUACCCACGGCUCCCAGGACGGACACCCAGCAAGGGCCCCCGAGGCGUGUGCAUUUGGCAGUUCUUUGGGGUGGAUGGAAGCAGGGUGACGCACAGGCCACUGUCGUCUUAACCCAGGACCUCCCAGGUCUUUGGAGCCAGCCGACUGCCCUGAAGCACCCUCUCCCCGCUCCUCACUGGGCUGGACCUCUGCCCUCAGGGUGGUUUCCCAGCCCGCGGAUUGGAGGGACCACCUUUGCAGGUAAAUGUUUCCUUCUGCUUCUGUAGCCGGGGAAUAGUCAUCUGUCACGCCGAGGUACCUGAGAGGAGAAAUCCUGCUGUGGACCCACUGUGCAGGGCGUCCCGGGAGCGUGGUGUGCCGUUGCCGCCAUCCCUGGCCACUGCCUUCAUUACAGGGGCCCUUCCCUGCUGGACGGGUGUCGGUACCAGCAGGGCGAGGAGCCGGCCGCCGCUUCCCUGUGCGUCAUCAAGGCGCCUCCGCCCUCAGCAGCAGCGGUUCUCACCUAAGCGGCAGGCUCAGAAACCUUGAAAACCUCACACUCCCCUUCGUGAUGUCGCUUGCACUCCCUGAGAAAGAGAAACUGAGUGACCUUUUUCUCUUUACCUCUGAUUGGCACCUCACAGGCUGUCUCCCUGGGCAGCAGGCAGCUACUGCCCUUCUCUGGGAAUACUGUGAAUGUUUACACUGGAACCGAGCACGAGGGCACAGGUACCUCUCUAGAGCCCCAAUGGAAGCCGUAUCCCUGGGUUUUUUAGGGGGGUGAGCAACCCUAUUCUGUGGGGUCAGAGCACCCUCUAGAAGGAAAGUCUGCAGGGUUUAUGCUGGCCAGCAGCUGCUGUCUUAGAAUUCAGUUUAAAUUCAUGCACUUUUACAAAGUGGUGAGAGCCUAGCAGUCCCUUCCCUGACCUCGAUUCCUUACUCAGUGGUCCUUGUUUGUUCAGAGGCCCCUUUUCCUGGGCUCUGCCCACCGUUUACCUGCUGCACCUUCAGUGCUCAUCGGCAUCUUUUUUUUUCCCUCUCCCAGUUCUCUACCAUCUUGGGUCCCAUUUGUCCCCAUGCUCCUCCUCUGCCACCCCUCCCCAGGACUCCAGUGGCCUGCAGCCAGAUGCAUCUGAGUCUCACCUGCAAUCCCUGAGCAGCCACUGCUACCUCAGGACUCGCUCACAGAGUGCUUGCGCGUGCGCGCACACACACACCACACACACACACACCCCUGCCCCGGCCGCACACGCGCACACACACACACACCCCUGCCCCGGCUGCACACACACACACACACACACACACACACACACACACACACACACACACACACACACACACACACACACACACACACACACACACACACACACACACACCCCUGCCCCGGCCCCAUGGUCCGGGCCCCCGGGCCAUCUCAAGGUGAGGAGCUGCCAGUCAUGUCCAGAGGACAUGGAGUUUCUGACUUCCCCGCAUCCACCCCCUUCACCGGCCCUUUAACAAGUCUUUACCUGCUUGCUUGUGCCCAUCUACAGGCCUCUGGCAGUUUCCAUAUGUGGCUCAGGGUCUCAGCUGGAGCCUCGGGACUCAGCACCCUCUGGCGUGGUUUAAUUCAUCAUGUGCAUGUCCUUGGUUCUGUUUCGGACACAGUGGGCCAGCGUGGACCUUGGGCUGGCGGCAAAUAUGUUUCCAUCUUCUCAGCCUCAGGCAGCGUGGCUCUGGAUGUGAGGAAGGACUGACCUCGGGACCCUCCAGGACCCAUGUACCCAGCCCACGAGGCCAGACCCCUGCCCUAACCCCUUCCCUUGCCCCAGAAGUGUAAGCGUAAAGCCAAUCAGGCAGGAGGGCACAUGGCUUCCUUUUUAUGCAUGAAAAGUAAAUUUGUACUUGAUAGAGCUAAAAUAUGAUCAUUUCUUUUUGUAAUCUCCCACCUUAACCCCGUAAUUUGGGCCAAAUAGGAUUACUUUACUUCACCUAAUAUCCCCACUGGAAGAUUAAUGCCAUGCAUAAUUCCAGUCUCCGUCAUUUCCUGUUUCUUUUUAGUGGAAAAGAGAAGAGGUCAAAGGGAGGGGACCUUUGUCCAUAAGGGGAUGGGGGAGGGGGCAGGGAUCAGAGGCCAGAUUGUUCUCUCAUUCUCCAAUUCAUAAGUCACUGACUUUUCCCCCUGAAAUUCAGAGUCUGAUCUCCGAGGUGUAAGUUGCAUUGUAAACUCAAUAGCUUGCCGGAAAAAAAUUUUUUUUGGCUGUGAGUUCACAGAUUAAAUAAUGAAAACAGGAUCUUCUCAGUUCAGACUGCCCUUUGUCACCAGGUCCCACCUGUCCUCCCACUUUUAGCUGAGACCUGAGAGUGACACUAAGUAGAGAAGCACGCGGGGGCGGGGCGAGGUCCCCAAGGCUUGGCUGUGUGCAGGUGGCUGGGGGAGUCUUGCCUGGCCUGGAGCAGCGCCAGCCUGGGUGUCCCGUGAGCUGCUCCUGCCCUCUGCUGGCCAAGUAGUGGCUUAGCAGCGUGGGAGGGCAUUCCCCCGCCGAGGAGGGUGCCCCGUGUGCCUCAGCCAUCUGUCUGUUCACCUCUGGGAGACUCUUUUCAGAUGUCUUUGCCUAAGAAUCAAAAAUUGCUGCUGUCUACCUUUAGCAUUCCUAAUAAUUCUAUUGUUUGGGGCAAUAAAUGCCUAGAAGAUUAAAAAAAUCCAGCAUAACUAUAACUUCACACACGUUUUCUUUUAGGUCUAGGCCAUGGGACAGGAGAAGUAUAGCACAGAGAGAAGGUAAUACUUUAGGAGGAGGUGAAGGCUGUAAGGUCAGUGCGUGCCUCUGGGGAAGCUGGUUGGCUAGCCAGUGAACUCUGAAGACGUGCCGUCUUGGGAGCUGGGGUGUCCUGUAGCACUAAGGCCCCACCCCAAUGCUCCCCCAGCAGCCCCUCCGCAGCAGGCCCUACGAUUUGGGACUUGGAAUAUAUCACGUGUUCUGCAGCCCUGUGGUUGUAGGACCUCUGGGAGUAACCAUGCUCAGAGGCUUGGCGUGUGAGGCCUCCCAGGAGAAGAAGCUGGCUUUUCCUAGGUCCCCGGAGACCAAGUUCGGGCUGAGCUGGAACAGAGCCAGGCGGAAGGUGGCUCAGUUCCAUCGUCUGGGGCUCACUCAGCCCAGGGGCAGACGCUCUCCCCCAGGCCACACACUGGGAAUGCCGGCUGGGCCCUGGCUGACGUGAGGCUGGGGGCCCAGAAUGUUGGCAGCCCCUGAGUACCCCAAGUCAGCCUAGGGAGGCCCUGAUUUGCCUGCAGACUCCUCUGUGUGCAGUGGCGUGUGGAAAGGCUGGUGAGUGGGGAGCCUUCUCCUUCAAGCCCUCGCCUAAGGUGGCCUUCCGGGGUCUCAGGUCUGCACUCCCACGGGGGUCCACACAUGUGGCAAAGUCCCCAGUGGGGAGGCCACAGCCAGAAUCCCUCUUCUGCUUCGGUGGGGAGAGUGAGGGUGGGGCCGGGCAGAGACCGGCUUCUCCUCAGCCAGGUCCGGGCCACCGAAGGUGCGGGAAGGUGCAGGCGUGGCUUAGGGGGGCUCUGGCCUUAGAACUGACCCCUGAUUCUAGUGGGAGGAGGAAUCUCUCUCAACAGCAAUGAUUGACUGUCAGGACUUCAAAUGCCAAAAAAAGAGGAAAGAUCCUUUGCUCCUUCCCCAUUCCCUCCAGAAUGCAGGCAUGUGAUUCUCCUGCUGGGUGGUGGGUAGGAAAUUAUCUGAAACGUUCCCAGUAGAGCAGCCAGAAUCAUUAAGAAGUUGUUCUACCAGGAACCCGGUCUCCAAAGCCCCAGGCAAUAUGUUUUAAAUGAAAACACCACAGUCAGAGUGACGGCUUCGGAUAAGCAGCCACACUCCCUUCCACUUAGUCUCCUGUCAUUUCUCACACAAAUGGAGUUGGAUGUUCAGGGACUUCACCGUCAUUGCCCAUGUUACGAAAGAAGACUUUCUAAUUUCCCCCACCCCGUUUCACCCUUUCUCACCCCAGCCGACACAGUCCCUAAUCCCAGAGGGAAAAAAAAUUUGUGGCUUUUCCUACCCAGGAGCUGGUCUUUUCCCAGCUGCUCUGCGUGAGCGUCCUGGCUUCAGGGCAAGAGAGCUGAGCGCUCGGAGCGCAGCCGUGGGCCCCGUAGCCAUGGGAUCGAUGGGGAUUGUGCAGUGCGGUGGUCAAGAGAGAAAGGUCACCCGUCAGCGCUAGGGGCCCCUGUCCAAGGAGCUGGUCAGCCAUGCGGAAGAGCCACUUCUCCAGGCCCCAGCGCUGCUCUAAGGAGCCGCGGAGGCCCAUGGGCCAGGGAUGGCUCCUCACUCGCUCGGCUGACUACCGAAGGUUAGGUUCGUGGCUACCAAAGGCUUUAACAUUUUCUCCAGUACAGCUCCUGCAAAGCUUGAUUUGUUCUCAAGAUUCAUCAGAAUCUUGUAUUCUUUUAAUUUUCUUUGUAAAAAUGAAGGAUUUUUUAAGUACAGCUUUUUGAUAUAAGGACUAUUGGGAAGGUCAGGCUUGUUCUUUUGCCCUCCCCCAAGUAAGAUGUGAGAGGCAGUUGUUAGGUCCUGGUUCCUGAGAAAUGAUUUGCUGCUCUGCUUGGUGGGGCUGCGGGUUAUGGAGGGGAAGGUGGGUCGGAGGUGGAGGGACCUGCAGCUGCUCUGCUGGAGCCUCUACCUCGUCUCACUGGACUCUUUAAAGAAUUCAGAAAUGGAUGGAAAACAGUAAUGUCACUGGAUUCUUAUUUAGAAAUAAAAAUGAAUGCUGCUGAA